GCCCCGAGCGAGAUGCCGCGAGAGACCUCCCACCCAGACAUCGCGAGAGUUGCAGGAGAGAGGGCCUGUCUUCCCCUCUGACGUCAGCCUAGAUUGUCAAGGACUCGCCUUCUUGGAACAUUUUGAUUGUUCAUUAUUAUAUCCACCCAGCAACAUGGCAGGAUUGGUUCUUUGUGAACCCACUGAACUUUACAAUAUCUUGAACCAAUCCAUGAACCUCACCAGGUUAACUGAGCCAAACUAUCUCUGCCUAUUGGAUGCCCGUAGAAAGCAUGAGUACAAUGAAAGCCAUGUGAUUACAGCGAGAAGAGUUAAACAAAGUCCCAAAGGAGAAUACCUGCUACCUGAAUCAGCUGAGCUGGAGUGCGUUAAGUAUUGUGUUGUGUAUGAUGGCAAAACCAGCUCCUUGGAAGAUUAUGAUUAUGAGGAGGAUGAAGAAGGGACUGAAUCUGCUGAUGACAGCUCUACAGAUGAAUCUAGUUCUUCAUGCUCCAAAAAUGCUGAAGCAGGCACUGCCAUCCAGUGUGCCAGAGUCUUAGAGCAGUUUACUCAUCACCCAGUUCGCAUCCUGAAAGGUGGAUAUGAGCGUUUCUCUGCCUGCUAUCAUUUUUUGAGAACUCAGAAAAUAUUCUGGAUGCCUCAGGAACUAGAAGACUUUCAGCCAUAUCCAGUAGAGAUACUUCCUGCUAAGCUAUAUAUGGGCAAUUUGAGGCAAGCCUGUGAUCGUCAGAUUCAGAAAGAUCUGAAGAUCAAAGCACAAGUCAACAUCUCAGAGGACACAGCAACACUUUUCACAGAAGAAAAUGAAAAAUUCCUUCAUAUUUCUGUCCCGGAUUCUCCUGAUGCAGAUUUGUUUUCCUUUUUUCCCAAUAUUUGUCACUUCAUAGAUGCUCAAAUUACUCAUGGAGCAGUACUGGUUUUCUCUGACUUGGGUAUAAGUCGAAGCAGCACAGCAGUAAUAGCCUUCCUCAUGCAUUCAUCCUUUUUCCCCUUAAAGAGGGCUUGGCAUCACGUCCUGCAAUGCAAAACAAACAUGAGGCCAAACCGGGGUUUUGUGCAGCAGCUGUCAGACUGGGAAAACAAGCUCUUCAGGACCGUGAUCACGGAUAUCUCGGAACCAAAUUAUUAAGUGAGAACAAUCAAUGGGCAAAGGGGCCUUUCUGUGUGAGCCACAGCAGAACUUAGGCCAUAUGUCACCAGAUGUUGUUUACAUUUUUUUGAGUCAAAGUUUGGAGACCAUAUUCAAGCUUGUUCAUGUUGCAAGUCAGUGGAAAUUUUAUAUAAGCAAAGACUUCUGGUUUGGACCCAUUUUGUUGCAACUUUUAUUUCCAUCAGAAGAAGCCAUUGAAAAGCAGUCCAUUGAUCUCCAACCUUGGAAAGACAAUGGGUACUUUAGCAAGCACAACUACUGUUUCAAAAACAUGUAAACAUGGAAUGUUAAUGUUCCAGAUAAUCACUCCUACAUCCUCUCAAACACCCAGGAAGAAGCAGGGUCCAUGCCUUCAUGUGCAUUUCUGUCUCCCGUUGACUUAAGUCUCGUACAAGUUGUGACCGAAGAGACUAUCUCCUAGCCUUCUGUUUGGAUCUUCACACUGCAGUAGUAAUCAGACUUUUUUGCACGGAAGUUGUACUUGAAGAGCCUUUCCUAAUAUAUGAGAUACAAAUUAAAGCCUGCCAUGCCCAAAGUCAGUACGGUCUUUCUCCCUCUUAGCAUUGUCAGUUCUUUACAGCAGCAGAAGCAGCAGCUUUUUAGGCUUUAGACAGAAUAUUCAUCUCACUGUGCAUCUUCAUUCUUUAAUUGAAUCUUCAAAGAUUUUGAGAGGUCUCUACCAGAAUAUUUUUACCACCUCCAUAGAUGUUUGGUCUGGGAUACAUUUCUCUCUUGGUAUUAUUGCUAAAUGCAGACACCUAACUCGUGACUGUUGAGAUCUUUAUGAUGUGUAAAAACUGGGUGACCUCAAUCAAACACCAAUAUUGUAAAUGUCAGUCAAACAUGCGCUGGUUGCAUUGUUCAUUCACUGCAGAUAGAUCUAUAUAAGGACUUAACAAUUUUGUACUUUCUGAUUCUGCUGACACUUUUGAAGAAGUGUUACUGUAAUAACUUAAUAUUUCAGACCAGUCCAGCUUCUUAUGGGCUAGUUCUUCGCCCGAUGUAUAGUCCUUUACAGGUUUUAAUGGAGGUAUAAUGGUUUAUCCCAGUGGUGCUCAUACUUUUGGCCCCUUGGGCCAGAUGAAUGGUCUGGGGCCAGUCCAUAGGCCAGAUUGGGCCCUGCAUCACCCCCGCAUGCUGAGACUCAAUCUGUCACACGCCACGGCCCCUUGGAGCCCAGCACUGUUUCUGCCCAGCUGAAGCCAAAUCCUAGCCGGGUGAGGGUAAUGAGUCCCAAAGGCCAACGCUGGCUGGGCAAGAGCCAGGCAGAGGCAGUGUAGGGCCCCAGAACCUGAUCCCAGCCAGGUGGAGGCAGUGUGGGAUUCAUGCUUCCCCUGCCCAGCUGGGAGCAGGUCCUGCCCGUCUCCCCACAACACGCACCAGGAUCAUGGUGUCUUGGGGACGUGAACUGCCCUGGCUGGCUGGGAUUGGGCUCAGGAGUCCCGUGCUGGUGGGAAAUCUGAGCCUGCCUGCACCAGCCCUGGUCAGCGGUGGGGGUGCUCCAGCCCUGCCCCCAGCAGAAGGGAGCUGCGGGCUGGCUUUGCCCAGCCAGAGCUGGAGGGGGCAGAACAGAGCCCCCUCACCCCCCCCCC